UGUUUACGCGUGACGCGUGACGCGUGCGGCGGCGUCACGAUAAAAAAGGAAGCUGCGGAUGCGCGAAACUUAAUCUGCAAGUAUCAUCGGCAUUACGUUGUUUACGUGUGUUGACAUAUGUAAAUUGACCAUUUACGUGGCGAUUCUCGAAUCGAUGACGUGCGCAUUUUUGCGAUAUGAAAACAAAACAAUUUAAAAUUUGCUAAAGAUACAAAUGCUGGAGAUUUUUUGGAGCUGGUGUCUCGCAAAUUUUAUUUCAAAUUUUUACGUAAUCCAUGUAAGAGGAGGUCUUCCUACGCCUUACGCCUUACGUUUAUUACGCCACGUCGACGCCGCAUCUUGCAGGAAAACGUGGAUUUCAACAAGAGCUCAGAGCUGACUCACUUGAGACCAAAAUUUAAAUCGCUUCCUCGAUACCGAGGUCGAACGAGGCUUUUGAAUCGCGUCAUUGCGUCUCAUUGCGUGUCGUUCCGUUGCGUCGUUCCUCCCCGCAGAUCCGGAGUAAGUACAUGUUAAACGCGAUGUCGCGUGCAGGCCGUGCAGCAGUCAUUCCUACGAGAUCGAGAACAUGCUAGUUUUUUAAUUCAAGAUUAAAACUCGCCAGUAGUUUCCGCCAACUUUUUCCAAUGAUUUUUCAUGAAUAAUAGUCUAAAGUCCCUUUUUUCUCUCCUCGCGAUUAAGGCCGAUAAAAACCUUAUUGUCGGCUAAGCUUGUCUCCGCUCCGAAGUUUUCGAUUUUGCAUAUACGUGUUCGCUCGUCGUCGCGGCGAACGGGUCGGAGGUCGGAGGUCGGAGGUCGGAGCAUCGAUCGGUAUUUUUCGAGAGCAGAUGCUGUCGCUGAAGCGUUUGCCGCGAGUCACGGCACGCCACGAACGAACUUACAGAUCAUCCGCGCUUGCACGAAGCCGAGCCCUCGCACGUCGCAAUUUUCGCGAGCCCUCGGACUCGGAACUCGGAGCAGGGGCUCUGCUCCGUAGUCCGUUCUCUCUGCAUCUCGUCUGUUUCUCUCUCUCUCUCUCUCAUUCACUCUGCUUCUGCCUGUUCUGCCCCCGUAUAUACGAGAGGCGGUGCGAGCAUUUAUUAAUAGAGAUUAGAGUCCGGCGUCGUGUGGUGCCGUGUGCAAACGCCCUCCCGCGAGAUACGGGACGCGGGACGCGGGACACGCGAGAGAGAGCAUGAGAGAACAGUCUGACUCAGGGCCCGUCGCGGAAAAAUAAUCUUGGCCGAUCUUCGGCGGUGAAAAAAAGUGGUCGAUCGUGUCCGCUGGCGCCGGGCGCAGUUUGUUUGACCGACGAUUGGCGAAAAGAGUGCCGCGUCGUGCUCGUGCUCGUGAUCGCGUCGAAUCGAGACUCUUCCGUCUUGUUCCAAUCGGCCGAUCGACCGGAUAAACGAAAAGGGUCUUCGUCCUUCGGAAGUAGGGUGUUUCUCUUUGUGCGCGCGCGAAUGACGUUUUACGGCAUUCGGGCGGGUGCGUUGUUCAGUUUCCAAGCGAGAUUUUAUCUUGUUUCUUAUUUGGUACGACUACUUGAACUACUUGAUCUUAGGAGAAAACGAAUGACGAAUGACGAUUAUGACGAAUGACCAAGUGUCCAAGGAGCUUAGAGCCUAGAAGCAGAUAUCUCCAAAAUGGAAAUAAUUUAGACAACUUGUUUUCAAAACAGAAUUUGAAACAGAACGCGGCGAGGGCGUGUUACUUUGAAUCAACGUUGUUGUGUGUUUACAUCAUUAGAAAUUACUAAUUGGCGAAUACGGUUGAACGCAGCAAAACUCAUCGCGAGGUCGUUCCCAACUACCGAUCGAUUAGUUAAUUAGUAUAACUGGAACUUGCCGUUCGAGCCCGAGUUCUCUCUGCGUAAUCUCGCUCAAUCUUGCUAACAGUUAUAGAUUCGGAAUUGCCAAUUUGCCAGACGGAAUUUAUACGGAACGUUCCAGUAGAUCUUUAAAGAAACGUGUUCAACGAAUCUAUCCGCUUUAUAAUUAUGGACUUUGAUAGUAAUAAUAACAUUCGUAAAGAACGUUUUGUGAUUAUCAAAUGAGUCCAAUGGGCUCGAAGGGCUCGAUACAAAUACCUGAAAAUAUAUAAUCUUUAACUUUAACGGAUUAUCGCUUUCAUAAUCUACGAUUAUUCUCAGACUUUGUAUGUGACGUGUUACAUCAUAUAUUUCUAUGAAACUGCGCAAAAAUUUAAAUGUUCUAAAUCAGCUUUAUUUAAGUCGCAGUUUCUUACUCCGCGAUAUUUGGGAGCGUAGGUGCGUAGGUGGACGGAAAUUUUGUGACAGCCACGCUGCCACGCAAACCGGCAAACUCCAACUACCUAUAGCCUAUAGCCUAUAUAGUUAACGAUGUAGUUAAUGAUCUUAAAUGGUAUCUCGCUAAGCUCUAAGCUGCGAGGAUAUUAGCGGAUACUGAUAUUUCAGAUGAAUCAUUUCGCAGUGCGUCUUUUCUCGCUUCGCGCGUUCAACGUCGACGAUGUCGAUCGCCUCUCGGUAUAGUCUCGGUCCCUCUCAGGACGCAAAGUGACUAAUAAGAAGCUUCCUACAGAAUCGAGAAUUGGAAAAAAAAAACGCAUCUCAGGUCAAGUGUCGCGCUAAAGAAACGUAGAGGACUUAUCGCUGCGCUUGGAAAUCGUGCGAACGAACGAUUAUCUCGCUAUCGCGGACUUUAUCGUGAUAUCGUCGCUGCACUUGGACCCUUGGACGUGGUGACGGAAACGCUAUUAUGAUAUAGCGAACGGCCGGAAGCCGGGAGCGCGAAUCUAACUCGUCGUACUCGUCGACGAAUGAUGUUAGUGCUGUUGCUGUGCAUCGUCAUGAAGAUAGCCGAGAUCUCCGUGGGCCGGACGAGUCCCAGUCCCACGGCGCGGCCGCCGCCGCCGCCGCCACCACCCACUUGCGACAGGCGAUGUAGGCGAUGCAGGCGGUGCGACCGAUAUAGCUCGUAUAGCCGAUACAGCCGAUGCAGGAACCCGUCGCCCAAGCGUAGGCAGCGUCGACAAUCCUAUGGCGAUGAUUAUAGAUGCAUCUCGCGAAAACUCACAGGCGUCGCAGGAGAAGGCGUAACAGGAAUGGAAGAACCGCAAACUCCAGGAUCGGAUUGCAAUUCUAACCCGGCGACGGAUUCUAUCCAGCAGGAUCUCGUUGGCUCCGAGUUUGUUCAAGACAAUGUUGAAUAUCAAUGGUUUAUCGAUUAUGGAUAUAGAGAUGGAGGACUACAUAUCCAUCCCAGUGUUCUUUCGUCGCUUUCCGCAUCCUAUUCUCCCAAGGAUCUGGGUUAUUAUGACGACCUUGCUCGUAACUUGGACGCUAAUCUGGCGGAGAUUGACAUGGAGAGCUUUCGUACGGCGGACAUUCACACCCUCCUUACGGCUUUGCCUGUCAUGUGCACGGAACCAGUUCAACAUUCCGAAGGAGAAGAUUCCGCAUGUUCCACCGCUGAUACAAUAUCCAUAUGCAAGUCAUCGUUGCUAUUUUCUCCAGUAAAAGAGACACCAAUGCUACCACCGGGUGGCAGCUACAGCGUAGAUUCACUCGACUGCGAAGAUAUGUUACUCACCUGUCAAACGAAUAAUAAAAACAAUUAUACUAUCGCUUUUGAGGGCAGCAUGACUAUGUAUUCGGAUGGCUCUCAAGAUUUUGAAAAUCAUGAUAAACACAAGACUUAUGAAUCACCAGAUGUAUUUUACGAUAAGCCGAAAGACAUGAAAGCUAUGCUGGAUUUAUCAAUGGCAUGUUCAGACUCAAAGAUAUAUACGACGUGGAGUAAUCUGAAACAUUCCUCUAUGAAUAAAGUAAUAACUCGUCAUCCUUCCGGUAACAAUAACACGAUACCAGAUAUCUCACAGUGUGCCGCUAAUCUGACGCUCGGUGGGAUGAAUAAACGGAGCCAAAGCUUACCGGAUCUCUCUCGCGUUCGUGAAUUCCAGCAUACUAAUAUACCUCUUAAUUUUAGUGUUGAUUCCGCCGAAUCAAGCAACCAUAUGCAGCGGUUGCAUAGUUCUGGAUCCGCGAUGAGUCGUUCGACAAAUGCGGAAAGUUCCGACAACGGGGAAAAUGCUGGUACAAAGAAGCUGCAAAAUUUAAGUCUCGUCAGGCUGUUCAUGAAGCAAAAGAGCAUGAGCGUGGAGGGAAUGAGUCUUACUUUGGAUCAGUCGGAUUCCGUUAGCGACAACAGUGGCUGGCCCACUAGCAACAGUGGUAGCGACAGCGCGACCAACACCAACACUCAGAUACAACGGCAAAAUGGUCAAGAUAACAUUUGUGACCGUCGCGUGCUUGAAAACGAUUUCUCUAUAAAUUGGAUCAAGCGCGAUGUGACUGAUAAUCGUGACGUGGAAAAUCAGAGAGACAGCUUGAAUGUUUUUAAGUGUGCGAUACGAAACGAAGAUGAUAAAGUCGAAAUGGCGUCAUCCGCAUCGGUGGAAGAACUUUCGGAGAGUACGUCCAAGUCGGACUGCGCGAUCGAUCAACGGAGCUUCGAUAUCAACAAUCCCUUCGAGCAGAAGAACGGUUGGACCGCCGGCUUAACGGAAAAGAAACACCCGAUCUUUCGAACAACCGGAAUACAAGCAAAUGCAGAAAUGGAGGACAACGCGGUUCAAACUUCCUUAAUUUUUACCGCGUUGAAGGAGAAACAUGGUCCUCUCCUGCAAGAAACGACAGUUAACAAAAAGCCUGUCUACGUUGUGUAUCCUAAUUAUACGUUGCCCGACUUGUCGUUUCUUAAAGUUAAGGAUGCCAAUAUGGAUAAUAUCGCGUUGAAACCGCACACAUUUGACAGAAAUGGACAGAAGAUGGAAUGGAAACGUACCGUUCGUUCGGGUAGACCAUUUUCGUGUAACGAUAUCGACGCUCUACGACAACGCGGAUUCGCGCACAUAAAGGAUUGGGAGUCACUAACGUUCCUUCUGCCGUAUGAAUACAAAAAGAUUUUGCACGAUGUACCGGAAGUAUCGAGAUACAUUAAUAUCAAUGAGGAAGUUAAGCGGCCCUUGUUCUGCCUGUCCCCGCCGAUGCGUCACAAGACGCGACCGAUCAGCGAAAUUAUACCGAACAAUACUUCAUCAACGAGCAGCACCGCGACGCAACCAUCUUCCGGGUAUAGAGGCUCGUCGACGAUUUUAACUGAUUCCUCGACGAAUCAGCAGCCAUUGUCGAACAAUGCGAUCAAUCCGUUGUAUUUAUAUCGUUAUGACAGUAUUAGUUCGGAGGCCAGUUUAGUGAAUAACGACAAGAAAAUGCACAGACUCAAUCAAACGAGGCAAGCCUAUCCGUCUCUCCCAAAGCGAUCCGUAUCGUUACCGCAAGGCGAAGGUGAAUCUGAUUUUAAUAAUGGCAGAGUACCGCCGCGACCACCGUUGCCGAGGAGCAUUUUGCGAAAGAACAAGGUUCUCGCGAGUAAACGAUACAGCAUGUUUGAGAUGGGAGACGUGGGCGAACAAUCGGAAGAACAGUCUGUGGAAAUAAACAAGAGAAUGUCCUUGCAAGAACCGUACUAUAUGAAUAAUGAUUUGCAGUUAUUAUGUCGCGAAAGAACGAUCGAUUCGGAGAAGGACGUCGAUGAGACAGAAGCGGAGAGAUAUCUUAAAGAAAAAUUAAAUGAUAUUACGAAUAACGCGAAUGUGGAAUCGGAAACUUCUCAACACAGUGACGAUGACAUCAAGCAAUUAGAAGAAUAUUUGAAACGUAGCGCAAUCUCGUCGCAAAGUAGCGACGGAGAUAUCGACAAUGCUGAAGUUAAAGUGAGAUCAUACGUAAGAAAAUUUUUAGCUUUAAAAAUGAACAAAGAUCCACUCAUUAGAAAUAUUGAUAUGGGAGAAUCGCAAAGAAAAACCGUCAGUUUUGCCGUGCAGCAAAGAAAAAAGCAUCUGGACGCCAAGCUAAAUAAUCUGAAUGUCGUCGUAAAUGAACAAAGCUACGAGGCGGCUGAGGAUAGAUUAGUAGAACUGGAAGAGAAAAAAAAAAUGGUGUUGUCUGUAAAUAGAGCGGUGGAUCUUUUAUUAAAGUAUUGGAACGCCGACUCCAAUCAUAGUCGUCCCAAUUAUAAUGAAAGAAACGAGUGUGCGCAAAUCUGUCUGAGUAAUUUAUGCCCAGCUUUAUACGCUAUUAUGUCGGAUGGUUUGAAACCCCAUUUGAAUUCCACCUUUGGACCAAUUACUAAUAGCGUUUGGCAGGUCGUCGAAGCUAGUUCUCAACAAGGACCCCUUACGAAGACAUUAAAUGAAUUAGUGCAGAGAAUUAAUGGCGAAGAUGUUAUUACAGAGGGAAUGUUGAAGUUCCAUGCAUUUGUAUUCGGCUUGCUAAACCUAAGAGCUCUGGAUGCAUGGUUUGCGUAUUUAUGUACACGUGAAUCAAUUUUACGGAAACAUUACAAUAACAAUAGCUUAUUUGUCGCGGCUUUAGCUAAUGCCAAUGUCCGAGAAAUUGUUGAUUCAUUAUUAUACAUCCUAAAUCCGCUUGCAUUCUGUCCAUUUCACUUGGAUCUUCUCUAUCAGUAUCGUCAAUUGCAAAAUAGCUUUGGGAAUAUGAAUAAUCAUACUAUGAAUGCUAUGAGCUUCAGAAACACUGAUCUGACUAUGAAAGACCUCGAGAGUGAAGAAACGCAAUCCUGCGGAAUGGUUCCCAGCCCGAAAAAGACACGACCAAGAUCUUGCAUCGCUUACAACAUGGAUGAUAAAUGCAGCAUCGUGCAUAAAGGGGACCUUCAGAAUGCAAAGAAACGUUUCAGUGCCAUAAAUCCGAAGGCGUUUUAUGCGUUGGACAAAUUAACUUCCGAAGAUUCCGAAGAUUAUACAGACAGCUUGGAACAUUCCCCACUAAAUAAGAAAGCAAACAAGCAGCCACAAUCUAAAUUUUUUAACCCUGAUAUUAAACCGAGUGACGACGAUGGUCUUCCUGCUGAAACAAAAUUCAAAAAACUGCAGGAAAAAUGGGAAUUGAUGAUUGGUAAGGAAGGUAGUAAGGUUCAACCCGCCGUAAUAACUCCUUCCUCGCCGGUUCGAACAUUCGGAGUGUUAGGGAAAUCAAAAAUACCUAGAUUGCUCACAUCACCAGUGAAGCAGUCUAAUGUUGCGGCGAAUAUCGCCGGAAAAUCAUCAAAAUCACCCAUAUCAGGAAUCUCUUCGGGGUUAAAGAAACCUGCUAGCCUUCCUACAACAAAGACAACCCUAAAGAAAUCUACGGAUACGAAAGCGAGAGAUGUGAUGCGUCGUACCAGCCGCGUCGAUCAAGAUACUCUAGGUGUGACGCGAACUCACACUGCACGCCCGAGUUCCUUACCAUAUAAAUCGCACGGAGUAACGUCGAACGACAAGAAUCUAAUCUCACCUCACAGACGAGCCGUUUCGACCUCUCUACCACGACCUGUUACCACCGUUUCGAGGACACCAGUUUCGAAACAUCCACACAAAGAAGUCCGUACUCUCACUCAUAGGAUACCGUCGGACACCGGUCACCUUUCAUUCGCGGAGGGGGACAAACUGAAAGUAAUAUUAGAAGUGGAUAAUAAGUGGUUAUUGUGCGCGAAAGGUGAUCGAAGAGGUUUGGUACCACGAUCAUGUGUACGCAGUGUUCAAACUUAGCCCCUCUUCUCGAGGACCCUUCACGAUCGCAAUUAUAACCGUGGUCCCACCCAGCAGCCGUAACUGUAAUCUCACCCUCGGAAACGGAACGAAGAGAACAAGUGAGAAUUGCUGAGAGAGGACGAGCUGAAAAGUGCAAAUUACCUGAAUACCCCAGGACGAUAUAAUAAGUGAUGUACAGUGUAUUAAAAUUGUUUUUAAGCCGUACGAUAUAAUACACAUUAUCACGCGCUUGUAUAGUCACUUUUAAUCGAAGCUUAAUCGCGAAUACUUUUAUUUCUAUCGAAAUGCGACAGUAGUAUUAUCGCUAGCGGCGCCAUCGAAGAUAUAGAGAUAUAUCACCUAGUCAUAAGCUUUUUUUAGACGACAUUAUAUUUAUUUAGAUUCAUUUAUUUUAGAGCGAUGUACAAAUGUGGGGAUAACGAUUCGAUAUAUCCUUGACGAGUAAAAAGCCGAAAACAGUGUGUACUGAUCUACACAUAUUAUGAAUGUGUGUGUGUAACUGUGAUCCUAGUAAAUAGGUGAUUAAGUUUAUUAAUGCGAACGCGCGGUGUAUAUUUCGUUCUGAUGUUUAAUACUGUGACUUUGUAAUUUAUUUGUGUCUAUACUUUUUGCAUCGCGCAUCAGUGCGAUUCUUCUUUGUGAUUUUAUUUAAGCCAUUCACGGUAUGCACCUUUGCGAUGGCGGCGAUCACAUUUUUUACAUGCUUCAUGUAUUUCCUGAUACAUAUAUAUAAAUAUAAAUUAUAUAUAUAUAUAUGUU